AUGGGUCUAUUCACUGAUCAUCCAUGCACUUCGGUUACGGAGUCGAUAAACAAAGCGAUAAUUCAGGAUAACUACACGCUUGAGGUGGAAUUGGGUACAAUUCUACAACUGAUUAGAACAGGUGAUGUGGAAACGAACCAAACGGAAGCGGCCAGAGCUAUCAGGAAGAGGUUAAAACAUGGGGAUAUUCAACAGCAGUCCAGAGCUCUAGACCUUAUGAACUUAUUUGUGUCUCAGUUGAUCCAUUUGCCAGUCUUUUACUCUGAUUUCAGGCUAAACAAAGUGUUGCUGGACAUGUCUUCUGGGUCAGGGAAGUAUCCGAAGCAGAUUUCAAGGAAGUGCACUAGUUAUCUAAUAGCCUGGUAUCAUUACUUGUCGAGGCAUCAGGAGGUUGAUGGUUUCGAUACACUCUACUCAUUAUGUGUCAAGACGUAUAACAACAGGAACCGUCGCAUGAAGGUCAUGGCCAAGUCAUACAAGAAGAAGAAUAAGAGCAUGCCAGGUUUCAUGAACGAUACCGCUGACCGCAGGUCUGUUAUUGCAGACGAGCGUUACGGGAUCCCACGCAUUAACCUCGAAAAGGAGACCCCGAAGAUCAAGCUUUUGAUCAGCGACUCAUUGGAGACGGCAGUGUCAUUAUCAAAUACAUUACUGGCAUUGCCUUCUAAUACGAAAUCCACAGACAGUGAAGAAUGCACGGCGAAGUUCGUACAGGCCAGAGCUAUGAGAAGGAAAGUCCUACGUUAUUUGCAACUAAUUACUGAGGGAGAGCUAUUGGGUGCAUUGUUGCAUGCUAAUGAAGAGUUGGUGAAUUCGUUGAUGGCUUUCGAUGAGCUAGCUGGUGAGGAAGAUAUGGCAUCACUGAACAGAGAUGACGACAGCGAUUUGGAAUCAUCUUCCGAAGAAGAGGAAGAAGAGGCAGAAGAGGAAGAACAAGAAUCAAUCACAUCCAUACAGUCCAACGAUCCCUUCAGCGACAAUCAUAAAAUUAAGGCAUGA